UCAAGACCCGGACAGGCUGCAGCGCUGGCCAUUGCAGCUUGAGGUGCUCUGAGUUCAGAGGGGUCUUGGUGCUGUUUUCUGAGAUCCCACCACCAUCCCCUCCACCGGCGCGAGCGAGUUCUCCAUGGCCUGAGCAUCAGUUCUUCUUUUUGGCUGAAAGCCCCCGCCCAGAGGCAGGUUCGUCGCGGCGGCGGUGGAGAUCGCAGGUCGCUCAGGCUUGCAGAUGGGUCAGGGUCUGUGGAGAGUGGCCAGAAACCAGCAGCUCCAGCAGGAGAGCUACGGGGAGCAAGGCUGCCUGGGCAGAGAGCAGAGCAGGGGGAUGGCCCCGAGCAGCGCCCCUCACCCUGGCCAUCGCAAACAAGUCCAGGGAGGCAUUGACAUUUACCACCUUCUGAAGGCAAGGAGAUCUAAAGAACAGGAAGGGUUCAUUAACUUGGAAAUGCUGCCUCCUGAGCUAAGCUUUACCAUCUUGUCCUACCUGAAUGCAACUGACCUCUGCUUGGCUUCAUGUGUUUGGCAGGACCUUGCUAACGAUGAACUUCUCUGGCAAGGGUUGUGCAAAUCCACUUGGGGUCACUGUUCCAUAUACAAUAAGAACCCACCUCUGGGGUUUUCUUUUAGGAAAUUGUAUAUGCAGCUGGAUGAAGGCAGCCUCACCUUUAAUGCCAACCCAGAUGAGGGAGUGAACUACUUUAUGUCCAAAGGAAUCCUAGAUGAUUCACCAAAGGAGAUAGCCAAGUUCAUCUUCUGUACAAGAACACUAAAUUGGAAAAAACUGAGAAUCUACCUUGAUGAAAGGAGAGAUGUCUUGGACGACCUUGUAACACUGCACAAUUUUAGGAACCAAUUCUUGCCAAAUGCACUGAGAGAAUUUUUUCGUCACAUUCAUGCCCCUGAAGAGCGUGGGGAGUAUCUCGAAACUCUCAUAACAAAGUUCUCACAUAGGUUCUGUGCUUGUAAUCCUGACUUAAUGCGAGAACUUGGCCUUAGUCCUGAUGGUGUCUACGUGCUGUGCUACUCUCUGAUUCUACUUUCUAUCGACCUCAGUAGCCCUCACGUGAAGAAUAAAAUGUCAAAAAGAGAAUUUAUUCGAAAUACCCGUCGUGCUGCUCAAAACAUUAGUGAAGAUUUUGUAGGGCACCUUUAUGACAACAUCUACCUUAUUGGCCACGUGGCUGCGUAAAAGCACAAGUGCUAGGACUUCAGCUUUGCCUUCAGAUUGAAGCCACCCACAGGCUGACUUAGCAGACUGCAUCCACACUGGUUCUUCCAGUCUGUGUAUACAAUCAAGCUUGAGUGUACAACCUAUUUUUCUUUUGCUCUUUUUUAGUAUUUUCUUAAGGAACUAAAUAAUUUUGCAGAAUUUUUUCUUAUUUUGCCUAUCAUGUUUUGCACAAAGCAGAACCACUGCCUGACACAGCUAUUAAGGAAUGUUAGACUGAAUUAUAUUCUAAAAGAUGGUGUAUUUGUGCAUUAGAUUUGCCUGAAAAACUUCACCCAUUUUCAUUCUUUUUUUAAAUACCAUGUAAUGUGUACAUAUUUAAAGAGAUUUAUAAUCAUAAUUAUUUUAUUGUAAUGGUUCUUCCUUUUCUCU